GGAGCUGGAGUUAUUGGAGGAGAACAAUGAUGGGUCCCAGACGGGGGGUGCUGAAGACGGGCAUGGAGCACUAUCUCUAUGCCCGCUCCCGGACCGCAGAUGAGCUGCUGGGGACAGAGGAGAAAGAAGAGGUUAGAAACAGAAAACGAUUACCAGCUUUAGCACCCAAUCGGCUCCUGGAUAUUCCAUUUGGGGCCAAGCUGCCUUUGCUACCAGGCUCCAGUACGCUGUUCUGUUCCACCCAUUUGGGCAAACAGCUUUAUCAGCCUUCUAGUGGUUUCGAUCUUGGUGAUCCUUUCUGUCAAAUAAUGACAAUGAAAUAUACGAGUCUUCACAAUCCUCAUUUGCGUUCCUACUACAAGCGCACAGACAGUCUACGGAGAUUUAAAAGAGGAGGCUAUGUCACCAAUGAGAACAAAAAAACACUUGAAAAACAAGUGACAAAACGACAAGAACCCAGUCUGCUUCCAGAAGGAGGUGACACCUGCCACUUUGGGGAGUGGCUGCUACGAGAAGAAAGUCCAAAUUUACACGACCCAGAGGGGCAGAUGAGGAACAGAGAUUUAGACAUGAUUAAUAAGGAAUUGGAAAAAAUCAAGGCCACUGGAGAAGAAAACCGACAUCUUCAAUGGGCUGAGGAAGAGAAAAAGCAACAUGGCCAAAACAAAAAGAAACAACUUAAUCUUCGUAAAAAAAUGGAGGAGGCAUGGGAAAAAAAAGAAAUGUUACUUCUGCUGAAAAUUGGAGAUGAUGUUAAACGAGAAUCGAGAACUGAACAUCUACGAAGGAAAAGCAGAGAAGAGAAAGCUAAAAAGAAACAAGCAAAGCUAGAGAAAAAAAUGGCAUUCCACCUGAGAAAACUGCAUGAGGAUGGUUAUCAAAGUGAAGAAUCUGAAAAUCCUGAAAAGGGCCAGGAAGCUAAUGCCUCUAGUCGCCCUUCAGUUAAUGGAAAGAAAAUCUUACUUUCUUCAAUGGUCUCUCAACAGCCUUUUGAUCAGAUUGCUAAUAAUAUCACAAACAAGAAAAGAGCAUAUUUUCAGAAGAACAGAACUGAAGACGUGAACAGUAAAAUUCAGAAUAUAAUGACAUGGUUCCUGGCUGAAGUAACAAGUAUCUUAUACCCCGCUGUAACAAAGUACGAAGAGAGAAUCAGAGCUAAAACACAUACGACAGCUGCAGGAUCAGUACGCUCUUAUGAGAACUCUAGUAGCUGCAAUGAAGAGAUCAUUGAUGUGUUUGGAAGUCUUCCAUCCUCCAAGAGCAGAAGGGUCAUCUUUACAGACACAGGCAUAAAACCCACCAGCUUAUCAACUGAUCACAAGACCGUGACAGGAGGGAAACCAACUCCACUACUGGCUCAAAAAUCACCUUUCACACCUCUGACAAGGAGCACACAGGUGACUCUAGAAAGUGAGUUCCACAAAGAAAAUAUUCACAAGGGAAAACCAGCAAAAACACCUCAGUCUCAGACUGAAAAUAUUUCUAGUCUGCACAGGAAGGUCGUGAGCAUGGGAGCUAUAGCUGAGUUUCCCAGAAAGAACUUCAAAACAGAGAAGUUUCCGUUUAGCCAAACUUAUUCUAAACUUGAAUCGACAACAAAAGAUGCCAAUCCAAAAAAAUGUCUGAUUGAUGGGGAUAUUUCUUCAGCCUUAAACCAAAGUCUUCCUACAGAAGGGAUUUUCAAAAAAUUAUUUGAGCAGCAAAGAGGAACAGAAGCAAAUGGCAUUGACAACUUGAAGAUGCUGAAGGUGGCUGAGAAUGUUGUCAAGGACAUUUUUAUAAGGGUAAAAGAUCUGGAUCAUUCUGUUUGUAUUUUAAAGAAGGCUCCAAUUGAGCUUAGUGAAAGAUUGUUCUGUAGUAAAUUUAAAAGAACCGAAUCUCCAGGGACUUUUCAUAAAGAUUUCCAGAAAGAAAUUGGAUUAGUUGCUAGAGAGAUUGUAGCAACUGUGUUUGAUAACUUCCACAGGUGUUUGGUGUCCUGCAUAUCCACUGCAUCCGUUUCAACUAGCGGAGUUUCCAAAUCAGAAAAAAAUAGAGUCACACAAUCUGAAUUACCUGUUUAUGACCCACACUUUUUUUUGGCUUCUAUCGAUAAAAUAGCCAAAGAGACGGUUGAAAGUGUUAUAUUCACACUGGAGUCAUUUGUAGCCUUUCAAUUUAAACAUGACUUUAAAUGUAAAUUUUCUGAAAUAAUGAGACUCCCUGUUGAAAAUAGGUCUGGUGCACAACAGAAACCUACAAAUAAAAGAAUUCUGCCCACAUUAGAACCCUUUCAUAGUUUUUCCGACAUAUCAAGGAUUAGCAGUGUGAUUACCAGGGAAAGCAUACAGAAUGCAAUUUGCCAAGUCCAAAGACUCCAUUCAGAACUGAGCAUUUACGCUAAAAUUGCUGUUACCAAAAUUCUGGAAAUCAUCAAGUGGAAACCUGAAAAAGAAAUUAGCCAAAGAGAAACAUCUCCAUUUAGUGACAUCUCCGAAGAAACCAUCAUGGUAAGUGAGAUAACUGGUGCCAUAUUAGAGCAAUGCAGUCAAAAUCAGAUGGAAAUUACUUCAGAAUCGAAAUUUGGAAAUCUUCAUAUGGAAAAACCUCAACAAGCAUUUGGAAAUAAUAAAAUUCCUGGUCAGGGUGUUACAAUGUCAGAAGGAAUGAAAAUGUCUGCUAAAAAAUUAGAAGUUGACUUAAGAGAAACCUUUCCACCUAUCAGUGUUCCUGGCAUGGUGAUUAAUUCAGAGGAAAAAACAGAAAUGGAAAAGGAAAUUCCACAUAAUCUUCCAACUCUCCAGUGUAACCAGUUCUCUGCACGGGAUGCUCCCACUACAUCAGAGAGAAUCAGAAAGUCUAUUUUCUACACCACAGCUCCCAAACCAAGAUCUUCUAGACCAGCACUAGAAACAAUAAGAACACUUAGCUCCAGGAUGACUCUACCCCCAAUUGGAAGACAAUUUGCAAGAAAGUCAUUCUGUAAAAUAGGCAUAAAGAAAUCUCCCAAAGGGGAAGCAAUGCAUAGGUCAGUGCAUGAAGAACAUGGUGAGUUUCUGCCAUCCUGUGAAACUGAGAAUCAGGCAACACAGUCACAGGAUGGUAUUAAUUCUGCUGGUUUUUUGAAAGAAAUGUGUAGUGAACUAAUAAGCAAAUUAAUCACUUCUUCUCAAAACAUAGACACCCAGGACAGAAAGACAGCUGACACUGAUCCUUCUCAUGUGAUGACAAAUUUAAUUGAUUCAAUGUUAAAUGAGUGUUCAAAGUCUCAAGUUAAGGAGCUGCCACUGUUGGAGAAUCCGGGCCCUCCACCACAGGUUAGCACAUUGGCUACUAAAAUUAUUCACUCCAGUUUAUGUGACAUUUUGAAAGAAUGUGGUCCUGAAGCCUCAGAUUAUACAGACAUUAAAAGUGACCACAGUGCUUCAGUAGAAACAUUAGCUACUUCAAUAAGGAGAGAAGUUAUUGAUUACCAAUUUCAGGGACCAUUGGCAAAAGCAUCAUCAUCUACUAUAUUUAAGCCUCUAGAAUCUGGAUUAAUUGAUGAAGAGGUUUUACAGAAGGCUAACAAACUCAGCACACAAUGCCAAACUUCCACCACACAUACUAUUAGGGCACCACAUGGAUUUUUAGAAGAUAUAAUUACCAAACUGUUAUCUAAAAUUCUCCCUGAACACUCCAACAUGUCUUCCUCUGCAGAAAAGGAAAAUCAGAUUGCAGAAUUUGACUUUAUUCACAUGAAGCUAGUAAGUAAGGUUAUGACAGAAAUAUCUAAAGAUCAGAAUUUGAUUAUUCAGUAUGUUAAAUGUUUGCAUCGAGAUGGCGAUGCCAUUAUUCAAACAGUUGUAGAAUCCGUGUACAAUAAGCUUUUGCCACAGUUUGGAUCCCAGUUAACAAUACAGAAGUGUUUAAAAAGUGGGUGCACAGUUCUUUCUGAAGCAAUAGCUGACUUGGUAUUAAGAGAGAUCUCAAGGAAUCAAUUGCAGAACUUUUUUUCUGGAGAAUUAACACCUCACCAAUGUGCUGAAGCAGACAAUGUUGUUGAAGAUAUGCUUAGAGAUCUCACCGAACCCUCGGAUCACACAAACCCCAUAACAUCAGAUAUUAGUGAAUUAUCUUCUCUCAUCAUAGAAGAACUUUCAGCUAAACUUUUACAUAAACUUUUGUCCAUAUUUCCCAUUGUGGACUUGGAUGCACAAAAUAUUUCUUCAGUGAAGGAUGUAAUUUCCAAAAUAAUGAAUUCACUGCAAGUGCUCCUUUCCAAAAAUCAGAUAAAUACUAGUGAAAAUAUCAAUGAACCAGACUCUUUACAAGAAGAAGACAGCAAAGCUACUGGAGAGGUCAAUUCUGUUUAUAUGCGCAUUUUGAAACAAUCAGACUCUGAUGUUUCUAUUCACAAAGAUCUAACAAACAAGAAUGAUGUUUUAGCUAAUAGAAUAGCUUCUUUAAUGGUAAGUGAUACUUCUAAACAUGAAUUUCAACCCGUUUUGGAGGAAGAGUCACCACCCAGUUCACCUUUAAUGCUGGAGGCUGUCAGUAUUAUUAAAAAGAUUCUUACCAAUAUAGAGAUGCCAAAACAUCCCUCGGCAUCACAUAUCCCUGUGUUACCAGUGAUGUUUGUGGAAGAAAUAUUAAGUAGAUUCUUGUCUAAAAUCUUAAAGUCAACUCACAGCAGAAGCCCAGAAAAACGAAGUUUAUCAAAGACUGAAGUGAAUGAAGUUGCUGGGAAGCUGAAACAGUCCAUGGAAAACCUAAUGUCCAAAAAUAAAAUCAGUCUUGUGGAAGCAGCAGGUGAUAUGGCAAAUCCAGAACACAACGAGACUCUUAAUCAAGUGGCUCAUGCUAUUUACAAUAAUGUCCUGCAAAAAUCUGGAUCUCAGCAAGACUUUUAUGAUAAUGUAACAAGUUCCAGAACAAAUUUUCCUCAACAAGUAGCUAGUAUAAUAAUUAACGAAAUCUCUAAUUGCCAUCUAGCACUUGCUUUUAAAGACAAUCCACCGAUGGUCAGCCAGAGCGCUAUAGCACUUGACAGAAUUGUUGACAGAGUCCAUGCACAAGUUUCCCUUCAUACAGUGCCUGUGCCAGAAUGUUCAAUCAGAGAUGAAAAUGCAAAUGAGCAACCAACAGAAACCAGGCUACCCAUUAAAAUAAUCCCUUAUAUUGGAAAUAAAGCAUUACAAAUAGAUCCGGACAUCGUGUCAGAACAUUUAGCAGUUAUUUCCAUAAAAACAGAGCCUCUUGAGGAGCUGAAAAAAGCAUGCUUCGCUUACACUGGACUGAGUAUAGCAGACCUGAGAAGAGCAUCAGUGGCUGGGAAGAGUCUUGCAGCUGAAACUAGUGGAGCUGAAGAAAAGAGAAAAAGAGAAAGACGUCCCUCUCUGGAUGUGUCAGGACGGCUGGAUGUAAAACCAAAGGAGCCUGUCAGCAGAAAUUCAUUCUGGGACAUGUUAAAACCUGACAUAGCUAAAGUGGAGCUUUUAAAAGAUGUAGAGAACCAGCAGGACCUUAUCAUGCGACUAGUAACCCAUGAUAUUGAGGCAAAGGUGAAGCAGCAAGAGGAGGAGGAAGAGGCAGCUUUUGAAAAAAUUUUAAAAGUAGAAUCCUCUUUGAUUUUUGAGAGCCAAUCACCCCCAGACGCAGCAGGGAGAGAGGACGUGGCAUCUGCUUGUCCAUUGGGGAAGCAGCAAUAUGAGAGUGAAGCCUCAUUGCCAGAAGUCAGGCCAAGCACUAGCAGCCAGAAGAAAUUUCUGUCUUUGAGCAAGUGUUGCCAAGCUUUAUCAAAUUCAAUUCCUGAUGAUAUUGAAGAUAUCGUCAGAGAAAUAAAAGAUGACCAGGAUAAUCUGAGCCUUCUCCCUUCGGCUAGUACACAGGAUAAUUUAAUUGCUCCCCCAUCAACUGGGAAAGAGGCUCAAUACAAGAGUGUGAAAGACACAAUAUUAACUCACGGUCCCCUCCCUGACUUGGAACAGAGAGUCCUUGGCUCAGCCUCGAGCACAGAUGUGUCUGCUCUAAACAAGGACAGCAAACAUUUAAGAGAGAGUGCUGAAGAAACAUCCUCUGUUCCUGUGGCACAGGACAAAGGAAUGUAUGUUAACAUGCACCAAGCUCGGGACACAGAGGACACUUCAGAGGUUUUUGAGUUUGUCUCGCCCUACGAAGAUGUUGGCCAUAAAGACUUCCCGUUGCAAGAGAAAACAGUAGGUGCUGCUGUUUCAAAAUCCAGUGUUCCCAGACAACGGUCUUCAUUGUUUAAGAAAGUACCUAGUGCUCUGUCCAGAGUUUUCUCACGAUCUUCUUCUAUUAGCGCACCGAAUGGGCCCCCACCAGAUCCUGAGAAAGCAUAGGAGAUCCAUGCCAUGCAAGAAAGCGUAUAUGCCA